UUGUUCUUCUUUAUCAUCGCUCCAUUCUUUACCAAGUUCUAUCAUAAAAUUGUCAUUUUUAUUUCACACAUAUAUAUAUAUAUAUAUAUAUAUAUGUUAUAUAUUAUACUAUAUAAAUAUAUAUAUAUGCAUACAUAAACGGUGAUAUAAGAUGAUUAAGAUCAAAUAUUUGAUUAUUGCUGUUCUUAUAUCUGCAUCUAUUGUAGAUGUUGCAAUAGCAGAUCCUAGAAUAGAAGAUUUGAGUAAACGAAUAUUAGAUCACUCUGUACAAGAUACAAUUAUUAAUCCAAUUGAAAAUGGUUGUAAAUGUAUACGAUAUGAUUGUGGAUGUUGCAAACAUAUAGAAUUGGAUACCAUUAAUAUAAAUGGAUCGUUCUGCGGAAAUGCAACUUAUUUGGAUCAAGAAUAUGGUUUUUCUAUAACUGUGACUUAUAAUAAUAUUAUUAUAAUCAAUGAAACAGUAUCAGCAAAAAAUCCACCACCGAUUUGCUACGCUUUUUUACAUUUGUCAAAAUUUCCAAAAUUGCCAAUAUUGACAAAUGAAAUUUGUUUACGUCUUUAUGACAUAGAUGUAAGCAAAGUAGAUAUUCAUAUAUGUUUUGAAAUAACAAUAAAAGUAUUACUAAUAAAAGAAGUAGUAAUACCACUAGGUUGCAUUACUACAAAAUUUAAAUCGCCAAAGGAACUAUAUAAAGGACAUCCUAAUGUCCUAAUGGUAUAAUUUUAUAUCAACGUUACAUAUUAUAAGCUAUAAAUAUUUGUAUUGUGUCUGAAGUAUAUAUUCUGAAUAUUUACAUUUAAUUCUGUUAAUGUUAACAUAAUGUAUAUCUAUUAUUUUAAUUGUAUCAGUAAUUAAUAAAUAUAUUCGUUACAUUUAUAAUUCAUGUAUUUACUAAUAAUAAAAAAAGAUUUCUUACAAUAAAAAUUUUUCUUCAUAUAAAAGCAAAUAAAAAAGUAAAUCGUAAAUUAUAAAUUGAAUAGAUAAUGUAAUGUAUUGUGAAUAUGUUGAAUAUGCGUAAUAUGUUGAAUAGAUAAUGUAUGUAAUAUAUCUAGUUCAGCAUUGCGAUCAGAAGCUUUUUCCAUUCGGCGGAGCAAUCAUUCUGUAAAAAAGAAUAAGUGAAUAUCGUUGGUAAAAGAAAUAUCGUAAAAAAUAAUCAAAUCAUUAUUCGCACACGUGCAUGUUUAUUAAAAACAAAUAUAGAUAUUACAUUUGUGAGACACGCGAAUGAUUAAUACUUAAUAUUAAGGAUGCAUGAUUGAAUUGCUCUCAGAUAAGAAGAAAGUCACCGUGAUCUUUCAUUAAUUCAAAAGUGCGAUCAGAAGCCUUUUAAAGUCAUCGCUGCAGUCGUUCUGUAAAUGGAAACAAAGAUUUUUGGGAAAAAUUAAAGUUUUGCGUUAAUAUGAAAGCAAUCGUGUGUGAAAAUUUAUACAAAUCUUUCUUUUUUCAUAUACAUAUAUUUGUGUGUGUGUGUUUAUAUAUAUAUAUAUAUAUAUAUAUAUACACAUACACACCACGCCGAAUGUCAUUCAUACGCAUGCAUGUUCCAAAAAUAAAUUACAAUUAGUAUAUUUUGUUAAUUUACACACAUGUAUUAAUGUUAAUUAGAUGUAUUAAUCCUCGUGUUACUACCAUAUAUUUUUAUUUAUCGAAGCCCCUGUGAUAGAAAGUCGGAUAACGUAAUGACUAAAUGCUAAUCGAUAUCUUCAUAAAGUAAUGCAAAUUGAAAAUACAAAAUAUUAUUUUCUUCUUUUUUUUUUUUUUUUUUUUUCUUUUUUUAUAGUAGCUCACAGCCUUUGUUUUGUAAAAAGGUUUCGAUUAAUCCUUUCUCUUGAAAGUUUCGUAUACAAUGUAAUUUUAAAGUGCAGACUAGCAUGAUCUAUAAAUGCGAUUUUCUGCACUUUAUUCGAGGGACAAAGAAGAAGGGGAGGAAAAAAAGAAAAAGAAAAAAAAACGAAACGAAUCAAAAAAAAAAAAAUAUUGGAACACGCACA